AUGAAUCCUGGAAAUCAAGAGGAGCACUACACUUCAAGGGAAGAUGCGGACGACAGCUGGGUGCAAAGACAGCAGCAGCAACAAACCGUACCGCCAAAUGGCGGAGGCAUGAAGCGAUCUAGGACACGAAGAAUCAAACUUCACCAGGGCGCCAUUCUGAGCACUGAUUAUCCUGUACCGAGUGCUAUUCAAAACAGCAUUGAGCCACGCUAUCGGAACGCGCCAGAUGCAGUGGACGAAGAGUUUACCAAAAUGCGCUAUACAGCUGCCACAUGCGAUCCCAACGACUUCACUCUCCAAAAUGGUUACAACCUGCGGGCGCGCAUGUACAAUCGCCACACGGAACUUUUGAUUGCGAUCACUUAUUACAAUGAAGACAAGGUUCUUCUAGCAAGAACGCUGCAUGGCACAAUGCGAAACAUUCGCGAGAUCUGCAACUUAAAAAAGUCGAAAUUCUGGAACGUCGGCGGCCCUGCCUGGCAAAAGAUUGUGGUUUGUCUGGUUUUCGAUGGCAUAGACAAUGUCGACAAAAGCGUGUUUGACGUUCUCGCUACUGUGGGAAUCUAUCAAGACGGGGUUGUCAAGAAAGAUGUGAACGGGAAAGAAACGGUGGCACACAUCUUCGAAUACACCAGCCAGAUUUCGGUCACACCUGAGCAUCAACUAGUCCGGCCUGCAAGCAACGAAUCGGCCGAUAAUUUGCCGCCUGUCCAAUUUAUUUUCUGUCUGAAACAGAAGAACAGUAAAAAGAUCAAUUCUCAUCGUUGGCUGUUCAACGCGUUUGGCCGGAUUCUAAAUCCCGAGGUCUCGAUCCUUAUCGACGCCGGCACUAAACCGGGCCCUCGUGCCCUGCUGUCGCUUUGGGAAGCCUUCUAUAAUGACCCUAAUCUCGGCGGUGCUUGCGGAGAAAUUCAUGCAAUGCUUGGGAAACGAGGUGCGGCACUGCUCAAUCCUUUGGUUGCCAUUCAGAAUUUCGAAUACAAAAUAUCAAAUGUCCUGGACAAACCGCUAGAAAGUGCGUUCGGCUAUGUCAGUGUUCUUCCGGGAGCAUUUUCAGCGUAUCGAUUUCGAGCGAUUGUUGGGCGACCUUUGGAGCAAUACUUUCAUGGUGAUCAUACCCUGUCCAAGGUGCUCGGCAAGAAAGGCAUCGACGGAAUGAACAUCUUCAAGAAGAAUAUGUUCUUGGCCGAAGACCGAAUUCUCUGUUUCGAAUUGGUAGCCAAAGCUGGUCAAAAUUGGCACUUGUCGUAUGUGAAAGCUUCGAAAGGAGAGACUGACGUUCCAGAGGGCGCGGCAGAGUUUAUCAGUCAACGACGAAGAUGGCUGAAUGGAUCUUUUGCCGCAUCCCUAUAUUCCAUCAUGCACUUUGGCCGACUUUACUCUUCAGGACAUAGUUUUGUGCGACUGAUCUUCCUCCACAUUCAGCUCGUUUACAACCUAUUCAACGUCCUCUUUGCGUGGUUCUCGCUUGCCGCGUAUUAUCUCACAACCAUAGUCAUCAUGGACCUGGUUGGUACACCACAGCCAAAGGCAGACUAUCAUGGAUGGCCGUUCGGAGACAAAGUGACCCCAAUCCUUAAUGUCGUUCUUGGAUAUAUCUACGUGGCAUUUCUCAUCCUACAAUUCAUCCUCGCACUCGGUAACAGACCAAAGGGAUCAAGAUACAGCUACAUGGCAUCUUUCGUCGUGUUCGGCGUCAUUCAGGCCUACAUUCUUGUAUUGACAACGUAUCUCGUCUACCGUGCGUUUACCACCAAGCCGGUUGAAGAGCAGAUUUCGUUCGAAUCGGGACAGGCAUUUUUCGACAGUUUCUUCGGCGGCAAAACUGGAGUUGCGGGACUCAUCAUGAUCGCCCUCGUUACGAUCUACGGGCUCAACUAUAUCGCAUCCUUCCUCUACCUGGAUCCCUGGCAUAUGUUCCAUUCUUUCCCCCAAUACAUGAUCUUGAUGUCAACAUAUAUCAAUAUAUUGAUGGUCUAUGCAUUCAACAAUUGGCAUGACGUAUCGUGGGGAACCAAGGGCUCUGACGUUGCUGAGGCACUGCCGUCUGCAAAUAUCGUCAAAGAGGAGCGAGAAACCGUAGUCGAGGAAAUCGAACAGGAACAAGAAGACAUUGACAGCAAAUUCGAGAAGGUAGUGCGUCGCGCACUCACACCUAUCAGCUCCGCGGAUUCAGAUCAGCCAAUGCGGAAGGACACUGAAGACUCGUACAAGUCUUUCAGAACCGGUCUCGUCUAUUCCUGGUUGCUCUCCAACAUGGCGCUGAUUAUUCUGGUGACAAGUGAUAGCUUCAAUUCGAUCGGUGUCGGAGCUGCUGCCACAACUCGUACGCCCUUGUACUUCCGAUUCUUGCUAUACGCGACCGCAGUCCUCUCGAUUAUACGAUUUUUGGGAUUCUUAUGGUUCCUAGGACGGACUAGCAUUGUGUUCUGCGUUUCAAAAAGAUAA